UCGCUUCUCCCGCCGCCCUCCCCCGUCCACCUCUCCGCCGCCGCCCGCCGCCGCCGCCGCCGCCCACGCCGCCGUUCUCACCUGACCCAGGUCGAAAAAUGGCGGGGGAGGCCGUACGCCGGAGAGGGUGCUGCUCGAAGCAGGACUUCCUCCCCGAGGAGUCCUUCGCGAGCUUCGGGAACUACAUGAGGGCCCUCCGGGAGACGCCGGCCAGGCUGAGGGACCGGGUGGUGUCGCGGUCGCUGGACGCGACGGAGCUCCACGAGGUCAGGGCGCGGAGCCAGCACGAGAUGAAGCGGACCCUCAACUGGUGGGACCUCAUCUGGUUCGGCAUCGGGGCCGUCAUCGGCGCCGGCAUCUUCGUCCUCACGGGCCUCGAGGCGAAGGAGACCGCCGGCCCGGCCGUGGUGAUCUCCUACGUCGUCUCCGGCAUCUCCGCCCUGCUCUCCGUCUUCUGCUACACCGAGUUCGCCGUGGAGAUACCCUCGGCCGGUGGAUCAUUUGCAUACCUGAGAGUGGAGCUCGGCGACUUUGUGGCGUUCAUUGCUGCGGGCAACAUCCUCCUUGAGUACGUGAUUGGCGGCGCCGCCGUCUCGCGCUCCUGGACGUCCUACUGCGCCACCCUUUUCAACCACAAGCCCACAGAUUUCCUGAUCAAGGCGCACGGCCUCGCCGAGGGCUACAACCAGCUCGACCCCAUAGCUGUUGCCGUCUGCGCCGCGAUCUGUGUCAUCGCGGUACUAAGCACCAAGGGCUCGUCCAUCUUUAACUCCAUCGCCUCGGUCAUCCACGUCGCGGUCAUUCUCUUCAUCAUCAUCGCGGGCCUGACCAAAGCCGACCCGAAGAACUACUCUGAUUUCGCUCCUAAUGGACCGCGCGGCAUCUUCCAGGCUUCGGCAGUGCUCUUCUUCGCCUAUGUUGGGUUUGACGCAGUCUCGACGAUGGCCGAGGAGACCAAGAACCCAGCCCGGGACAUACCCAUUGGCUUAGUAGGCUCAAUGGUCAUCACAACCGCUUGCUAUUGCCUGAUGGCUGUAACACUCUGCCUCAUGCAGCCUUACAAAGAGAUCGACGAGAACGCGCCGUUCUCAGUUGCGUUCCAGGCUGUCGGGUGGAACUGGGCCAAGUACAUUGUCGCCGCCGGCGCGCUGAAGGGCAUGACGACCGUACUGCUAGUCAGUGCUGUCGGACAGGCUCGGUACCUUACGCACAUGGCCCGGACCCACAUGAUGCCGCCCUGGUUCGCUCAUGUUAACGAAAGGACGGGGACCCCGGUGAACGCCACUGUCACCAUGCUCUCUGCGACAGCGGUCAUAGCCUUCUUUACCAAGCUUGAUAUCCUGUCCAACCUCCUUUCCAUCUCCACCCUGUUCAUCUUCAUGGUUGUGGCGGUCGCGCUCCUCGUCCGCCGCUACUACGUCAGUGGCACGACCACAACUGCAGACCGCAACAAGCUCGUUGCCUGCCUCGUCCUCAUAAUUGGGUCUUCUAUUGCAACGGCCACUUACUGGGGCCUAAGUGAAGGUUGGAUAGGAUACGUGAUCACGGUGCCCCUAUGGUUAAUAGGGACCGUGGCAUUGAGGUUGUUCGUUCCUCAUGCCCGCAAUCCGAAACUGUGGGGAGUGCCUUUAGUCCCGUGGUUGCCGUCGGCCUCCAUCGCCAUCAACAUCUUCCUACUCGGAUCCAUCGACAAGGAUUCGUUCAUGCGGUUCGCGAUCUGGACUGGCUUUCUGUUGCUGUACUACUUCCUGUUCGGGUUACAUGCAACGUAUGACACCGCCAAGGAAGCUGCGGAGAGAAAGGAUCAGGGGGAAAUGCAGGUGAAGAGGAUUGAAGAAGGAAUUUGAGACAAGAUGCACUGCAGUUUGGGUGUACAUUUGAAAGAAAGUUCUAAGUUUACUUCAUAUUGAUUCAUGGUUUCUUUUCUAGAGAUUAUGUAGGUGGCAUCCGUUGUAUUGUUCAUUUCUCGGAUAACUGUUUGAUAAAAUAAUAUCUGAGAAGUGUUUUGUGAUUA